AUGUCCAAGACCUUCUUCGGCAAUGUCAAGAGUGUCUUGAGCGGCGACACUCUGGUCCUCACCAGCGCCAACAAUCCCGCGGCCGAACGCACAUUUUCCCUUGCCUACGUUUCGGCCCCUCACCUCAAGCGAGAGGGAGACGAGCCAUUUGCCUUCCAAUCCCGCGAAUACCUUCGAAAUCUCGUGGUGGGCAAGCCCGUUCAAUGCACAGUCCUCUAUACCAUUCCCACGACCGGCAGGGAGUUUGGCACUGCUCAGCUCAAGGACGGAACUCUCCUGCCCGAUGAGCUUGUCAAGGCCGGUUGGGUCAAGGUCCGUGAGGACGCUGGCCGCAAGGAAGAGUCGGAGGAGCUUCUCGAUAGGCUAGAGAAGCUUCGUGCUCUGGAAUCCGAGGCCAAGGGCGCCUCCAAGGGGCUCUGGUCGGGCACCGACGGCACCAUCGAGGUACAGAAUGACCUGGGUGGCCCCGAGUUCCUGACGCAGUGGAAGGGCAAGACCGUGGAUGGCAUCGUCGAGAGGGUGUUGAGCGGUGAUCGUCUGUUGGUCCGACUGCUGCUGUCCGAUAAGAAACACGUUCAGCCCCUGACCCUCCUUGCCGGUAUCCGGACUCCGUCCACCGAGCGCACGCUUCCUUCCACGGGUGCUACGCAGCCUGCCGAGGAAUACGGAAACGAGGCCAAAGCGUUCGUUGAGUCAAGACUGCUUCAGCGACAGGUCAAGGUCGAGAUUGUCGGCGCCAGCGCCCAGGGACAGCUCAUUGCCAGCGUCAUCCACCCCCGAGGCAACAUUGCCGAGUUCCUGCUUCAAGAGGGACUGGCCAGGUGUAACGACUUCCACUCCACUAUGCUUGGAGAGAAGAUGGCACCUCUGAGAGCCGCCGAGAAGCAGGCUCAGGCCAAGAAGCUCCGCCUACACAGGCAUCACGUGGCCAAGGCAGACGCUGGAACCAACGAGAUGGUUGUCACCAAGAUCAUUGGCGCUGAUACGAUCAUGGUCAAGGGCAAGAACGACAACACGGAGAAGAGGAUCAGCUUCAGCAGCAUCCGAGGGCCUCGCACCAACGAGCCCUCGGAGAGCCCCUUCAGAGACGAGGCCAAGGAGUUUGUGAGAUCAAGGCUCAUCGGCAAGCACGUCAAGGUGAGCGUCGACGGAACCAAGCCCGCUUCCGAGGGCUUCGAGGCCAGGGAUGUGGCCACCGUCACCGAGAAGGGAAAGAACAUUGGUCUUGCGCUGGUGGAAGCCGGACUGGCCUCUGUCAUUCGACACCGGAAAGAUGAUACCGACAGGGCGCCCAACUAUGAUGAGCUGCUUGCGGCUCAGGAGAAGGCCAAGGAGGAGAAGAAGGGCAUGUGGUCCGGCAAGCCCCAAAAGGCCAAGCAGUACCUGGACCUCUCAGAAAACACACAAAAGGCAAAGAUUAUGCUCGCCACGCUGCAGCGACAGAAGAAGGUGCCUGCCAUUGUCGACUUCUGCAAGGCCGGCUCUCGAUUCACCAUUCUCAUCCCGCGCGAGAACGUCAAGCUGACGUUGGUUCUGGGCGGCAUCCGCGCCCCCAGGGCCCCUCGCGCCGAUGGACAAGGCGGCGAGCCGUUUGGCAAGGAGGCCCUCGACCUGGCCAACCGACGAUGCAACCAGCGAGACUGCGAGGUGGACAUCCACGACAUGGACAAGGUCGGCGGCUUCAUUGGCAGUCUGUACAUUGGCCGCGAGAACUUUGCCAAGGUGCUGGUCGAGGAGGGCCUGGCUUCGGUGCACGCCUACUCUGCCGAAAAGUCGGGUAACGCUGCCGAGCUGUUCGCGGCGGAGAAGAGGGCAAAGGAGGCCAGAAAGGGCAUGUGGCAUGACUACGAUCCUUCGCAGGAGGAGAACGCCGAGGAGGAGUCUGGCGAGGCCGACGCGCCCGAGGCCGAAGUCACACUGGACAAGAAGCCCGCCGAUUACCGAGACGUCAUCAUCACCAGCAUUGACGGCAACGGCAAGCUCAAGAUCCAGGAGAUUGGAAAGGGCACGGCCGCGCUGGAGUCCCUGAUGAGCGACUUCCGCAAGUUCCACAUCGAUUCCAAGAACAACAAGCCCCUGGCGGAGGCUCCCAAGACUGGCGAGUUUGUGUCUGCCAAGUUCUCGGCCGACGACCAAUGGUACCGUGCGCGAGUCCGGGCCAACGACCGCACAGCCAAGAUGUCCGAGGUCAUCUACGUCGACUACGGCAACACGGAGAAGGUGCCCUGGUCCAGCCUGCGAUCCCUAGACCAGUCUCAGUUUGGUGUGCAGAGGCUCAAGGCCCAAGCCAUUGACGCAUCGCUGUCGUUUGUCCAGCUGCCCACGGGCGCCCAUUACUUUAGCGAGGCCAUUGCCUUUAUCGCUGAUCUGACCGAGGGCAGGCGGCUGGUUGGCAACUUUGACUAUGUCGAUAGCAAGGAGAACGUCAGCUACAUCACGCUGUACGACACCAAGGCGGACGGCUCUCUGCCCGGACCCAACGACUCCAUUAACAAGGAGAUUGUGGCGAGCGGAUACGGCAUGGUGCCCAAGAAGCUCAAGUCAUGGGAGCGCAGCAAGGCUUUUGAAUCAUACCUGAAGCACUUGAGAGAGGUUGAGAGCCAGGCGAAGCAGGACAGGCUGGGCAUGUGGGAGUAUGGUGACAUUACUGAGGACUAAGAGGC